AUGCGAGCCGGAGGAGUUGCCCGAGGCCAACACCAUCAGCAAGAACGAAACUACUAUUCUGAGGAAGAAGACGAAAAAGGCCCACCAAACAAUCAACAACAAAACCACCAAGAAGAAAAUUAUAGAAUGAAAGCUGACAUAUCUUUCUUCUAUGGAAACUUACAGAUAGAAGAAUUUCUUGAUUGGCUUUCUGAAGUGGAUAGGUUCUUCAGUUUAAUGGAUGUUCCAGAAAACAAGCAAGUGAAGACAGUUUCUUGGAAGCUAAAAAGCACCGCUGCCUGUUGGUGGGAUGAUUUGCAGGAGUCACGAAUUCGACAAGGAAAAGAGCCUGUCAGAACAUGGCGGAAGAUGAAAACCCUUCUCAGAGGACAUUUCUUACCUCGAGAUUAUGAGCAGACUUUAUUUGAGAAGUACUACGAUUGCGCUCAGCAAAAUCGAUCUGUAUUUGACUAUAACCAUGAGUUUAUGCGACUUAGCGAGCGUAACAGAUUGGAAGAAAGGGAAACUCAGAAAGUUGCAAGGUAUCUACAUGGUUUGAAGCCAGAAAUCCGAGACAAGAUAGGGUUGCAAGUGAUAUGGACUCUAACAGAAGCCAUGAACCUAGCAUUAAAAGCGGAAACCUUACUAGCAAAAACUAAAUUCAAUCAACAGACUACCAUGGGCUAUCGUAAAAAUUGGGCUGAGUCAUCUACUUCAAAAGGGUUGCAAAUUAAAGAACCUUCAAAAGAGCAGCACAUUAGAAUAGAAACAAGAUUGCAUUAUGUGGAGGAAUAUGAAGAUGAUGAAGAGCAGAAUGAAGUUGCAACUACUGAAAUUGAAGACCGAGAUUUUGAUGAUAUCCCACCGUUUCUAGUUUGCCAACGACUUUUGUUAACAAAGCAAGGAUUGGAAACUCAAAGGCAUAACAUAUUUCGCUCUAAGUGUAUCAUUGGAGGCAUGGCAUGCAAUCUAAUCAUUGACACUGGCAGUUGCGAAAACUUUGUGUCCAAGAAAGUGGUUGACUGUUUUAAGCUUCCAACAACAAAGCAUCCGACUCCUUAUUCCGUGGGUUGGAUUAAAAAAGGGCCUGCAGAGCCUGUGACAGAAACUUGCAAAGUUCCUAUAAUUAUAGGACCAUACAAGGAUGAUGUCAUAUGUGAUGUUAUAGACAUGGAUGCCUCACAUAUUUUACUUGGAAGACCGUGGCAGUAUGAUGUAAGAGUUGGAUUUGAUGGCUACAAAAAUAUCUACAGUUUUGUUUGGGAUAAAAACAAAAUUGUCUUGAAGCCUACUAGCCCAUGUGAGAAUAAAUAUGUUGAGAAAUUGGAGACAACAAACUUUCUCACUCUAUCAAGGUCAGAACGUGAACUAGAAGUUGAAAUUAGGGAAGCACUAGCUUGUUAUCCUAUUGUGAUGAAAGGUAUCUUAACCACUGAACAAGAAUUAAAGGAGACACAAAUUCCAGAAAAGGUUCAGCCUAUAAUUCGUGCUUUCCAAAAGUUGGUGUCAGAAGACUUGCCAGAUGAACUACCACCUAUGAGAAACAUUCAACAUCGAAUUGAUUUAAUUCCUGGAGCUAGCUUGCCCAAUCUUCCUCACUACCGCAUGAGUCUGAAAGAGAAUGAAAUCUUGAGGGAGACAAUUGAAGACUUACUACGAAAAGGGUUUAUUCGCAAAAGCAUAAGUCCUGGUGCAGUGCCUGUAGUGUUGGUACCAAAGAAAGAUGGCAGCUGGCGUAUGUGUGUUGAUAGUCGAGCCAUUAAUAAAAUCACCAUCAGAGUGGAUACCACCAAAUUCGAAUUAGACCUGGAGAUGAAUGGAAGACAGCUUUCAAGAGCAAGGAUGUACCAUUACCGAGUGUUUAAAGAAAGGAAAAUUUCAAUGGGGAGAAGAGCAAGAGAAAGUUUUGCCUUGAUCAAGCAAAAAUUGUGCACUGCUCCAGUAUUGGCCUUGCCAAAUUUUGAUAAAGUUUUUGAGGUAGAGUGUGAUGCUUGUGGAGUAGGAGUUGGUGCUGUCUUAUCUCAAGAACGGAAGCCGAUAGCAUAUUUCAGUGAAAAGCUUAGCGAAGCUCGACAAAAGUGGAGUACCUAUGAUCAAGAAUUCUAUGCCAUGGUUCGAGCAUUGAAGCAAUGGGAGCAUUACUUAGUGCAACGAGAAUUUGUUCUCUACACCGAUCAUCAAGCUUUUAAGUACAUUAAUAGCCAAAAGAGUGUGAGUAAGAUGCAUGUUCGUUGGGCUACUUUUCUACAAAAAUUUCCUUUCGUGAUUAAGCACAAAUCCGGGACCCUAAAUCGUGUGGCCGAUGCAUUAAGUCGAAGAAGCCAAUUAUUGGUUACUUUGUCUCACGAAGUUAUAGGGUUUGAAUUUUUGAAGGAGUUAUAUGAGGAGGAUGAUGAUUUCAAAGAAAUUUGGGGCAAGUGCAUGAAACAAGAGCCAUGCAGUGAUUUUUUGUGA